GAGGGGGAAUUAGGACAAAUUUAUGGUGUUGUUUGUUGUGGGAGGCUCUCAGAAGAGCAUCGGCCUGAUGUUGUUGGGUGGGGGUGAGACCAUUCGUGUUAAAGGGGUUUGGGUUGCUUCUAAAAGAGAGUUGUUGCUUUUUGUAAUGUCAUAGUCAUUUGAUCUGGACAACUCAAUCAGUGAAGUCUCGUUAGUCGAGAGGGAGAUUGGGCCAGUUUUUGUUAAGUAAGAUUCUUAGAGCUAUGUCGCAAAUGAAGAAACGAAUUUGUUUAGCGGUUGAAAUAAAGAAGAAGAUUUUAAAAGAAGUUGACGAAAAAAUAUUAAGCAAGACACAAAUUGCUCAGAAAUAUGGAAUUCCUAAAAAUAGUUUAUCGACGAUUUUAAAGGCAAGAGAGAAGAUCUUUGGAGCUAAAAACGGAAACGAUGAAUGUGGACCCUCCUCUCGAAAAUAUUUUCGAGAAUCAAAACACCCAAAUUUGGAAAGGGCUUUGCUUGUUUGGUUUCGAAAGAUGAGAAGCUUAAACAUUCCAAUUGAUGGAAAUGUACUUAAAGAACAAGCACACUUUUUUGCUUCCAAAUUAAACAUCAAAGAUUUUAAAGCAUCGGAUGGUUGGUUACAGAAAUUUAAAUUUCGGAAUGGUUUGAGUUUCCGGAAAGUGUGUGGUGAAAGUGCAGCAGUAGACACGUCAUCAGCAAAUGAAUGGAAAGAAGAAAAGUUGAAAUUGCUUCUUUCUGAAUACGCUGCAGAUGACGUUUUUAAUGCGGACGAAACGGCUUGUUUUUUUAAGAUUUUGCCAGAAAGAACAUUAGCUUACAAAGGAGAGAUAAAUGUGUUGGAGGUAAUAAAGCUAAAGAGAGACUUACAGUUUUGA